UCGCACUCCCCACCUUCCUCGCAUAAACCGCACACCGCCCGGGUCUUGUCUCCGCCUGUGUCAGCUGCUCAGCGCAGCCAUCUUCCUCGCUGCAGGCCUGGGUUUUCUCGGCUUCUUCCCUCCCUGCGUUUCUUCGCUGCUAAAAGAGUUGCCACCAACACCCACCACUUGUCUGUUGCGCUGAUCUCUGAGCUCAGAGACCUACCGAUUUGUCAAUUUCCCGUGCCCUCCCCCAAAAAUUUCCAACCAAUUCGUCAGUACCUUCCGAGUUCCAAAGAAUCCCUCAGUUGAUGCCACCCACCGAUUGCAUCUUGGUGGAUUCCUCCGGCCCGCAGAUCCUAUGCGCAUCUGCUCCGCCUCCGGGGAUUAGGCCUUGCUCGGCUUCGGUUCAUCCCCCACCAGCGCCAAGAUCCUUCGGUCCGUGCCAAUUUUGAGUUCUUGGCUCCGAGGGGAACCAAGGAUUAGAGCUUUCUUGGUAAAGCUUCGGGCUUUGGGCUCGCGGAGAUGGAGUUCUUGGCAUCCAUCAUCGACACGGUGUUCCGGCCGCUCAAGGACUACUGCGCGCGGACCGUCGGCUACGUCAUGUCCUGCGGCGACUACAUCGACUCGAUGGUCCACGAGAUGAGCGAGCUCAAGAGCAAGCGCGACGACGUCCAGCGCAUGGUCGACGCCGCCGAGCGCCAGGGCAUGGAGGCCACCAGCCAGGUCACGUGGUGGCUCGAGCGUGUCUCCAUCCUCGAGGGCCGGGCCGAGGCCAUCGUCACCGACUUCCAGGAGCGCCUGGAGCUCCCGCCGGAACAGGCCCCCGGCGUCAAGGCCACCUACCUCCUCAGCAAGAUGGCCGACGAGGCGCGCGCAGAGGCCGUCGACCUCAAGGAGAAGGCCGAAUUCCAGAAGGUCGCGGACGAGCUCGUGCAGCUCCGCUUCGAGGAGAUGCCCAGCGCGCCCGUCCUCGGCAGGGACGCACUGCUCCAGGAGCUCGACACCUGCGUCCGGGACGGCGACGUGGGCAUCGUCGGCAUCUACGGCAUUGCCGGGGUCGGCAAGACCGCGCUGCUCAACAAGUUCAACAACGACUUCCUCAUCAACUCCCCUGACAUCAAUGUUGCCAUCUACAUCGAGGUCGGCAAGGAUUACAAUCUUGAUGACAUCCAGAGGAUCAUCGGCGACCGGCUCGGCGUGUCGUGGGAGAACCGGACGCCCAAGGAGCGUGCCGGGGUGCUCUACAGGGUGCUCAGCAAGAUGAAUUUCGUGCUGCUGCUGGAUGAUGUCUGGGAGCCACUCAAUUUCCGGAUGCUCGGCAUCCCGGUGCCCAAGCACAACUCCAAGAGCAAGAUCGUCUUGACGACGAGGAUCGAGGACGUGUGCGACCGCAUGGACGUUCGCCGCAAGCUCAAGAUGGAGUGCCUGCCCUGGGAACCCGCGUGGGAGCUUUUCCGUGAGAAGGUCGGCGACCACCUGAUGAGUGCUAGCCCGGAGAUCCGGCACCAAGCGCAGGCGCUGGCCACAAAGUGCGGCGGGCUGCCCCUUGCGCUCAUCACUGUUGGUCGGGCGAUGGCCAGCAAGCGCACCGCAAAAGAGUGGAAGCACGCCAUUACUGUGCUUAAGAUUGCCCCAUGGCAGCUUCUUGGCAUGGAGCUUGAUGUUCUUGAGCCUCUCAAGAAGAGUUAUGAUAACUUGCCCAGCGACAAACUAAGGCUCUGCCUACUAUAUUGCUCACUGUUCCCAGAGGAGUUCUCCAUUUCCAAGGAUUGGAUCAUAGGCUACUGCAUUGGUGAAGGUUUCAUAGAUGACUUGUACACUGAGAUGGAUGAAAUAUACAACAAGGGGCAUGACCUUCUUGGUGAUCUAAAGAUUGCCUCUUUGCUGGAGAAAGGUGAAGAUGAGGAUUAUAUCAAAAUGCAUCCAAUGGUCCGUGCUAUGGCUCUAUGGAUAGCAUCAGAUUUUGGCGAAAAGGAGACCAAAUGGCUUGUCCGCGCCGGAGUUGGGCUGAAGGAGGCACCAGGCGCAGAGAAGUGGAGCGAUGCUGAGCGGAUUUCUUUCAUGCGAAACAACAUUCUUGAGCUGUAUGAGAAGCCUGAAUGCCCUUUACUGAAGACUUUGAUGCUACAAGGCAACCCUGGGUUGGACAAGAUAUGUGAUGGCUUCUUCCAGUUCAUGCCAUCUCUCAGAGUAUUAGAUUUGUCCCAUACUUCUAUCAGCGAAUUACCUUCAGGGAUCAGUUCUUUGGUUCAGUUGCAGUACCUGGAUUUGUAUAACACAAACAUCAGGUCCCUGCCAAGGGAGCUAGGAUCACUAGCAACUCUGCGGUUCUUGCUUCUCUCACAUAUGCCACUAGAGAUGAUUCCAGGUGGCGUUAUAUGCAGCCUCACAAUGUUGCAAGUCUUGUACAUGGAUCUCAGCUAUGGAGAUUGGAAGGUUGGUGCAAGUGGAAAUGGUGUUGAAUUUCAGGAGCUCGAGAACCUGCGCAGGCUCAAGGCGCUAGACAUCACAAUACAAUCGCCUGAGGCCUUGGAGCAGUUGUCUCGGUCAUAUCGCCUUGCUGGUUCCACAAGAAAUAUACUGAUAAAGAAUUGUUCCAGCAUGACGAAGAUAGAGCUUCCUACGAGCAAUCUCUGGAAGAACAUGACUAACCUGAAGAGAGUGUGGAUUGCAAGUUGCAGCAACUUAGCGGAGGUAAUAAUUGAUGGCAGCAAAGAAACUGUUGGGAGCAAUGCACUCCCCCGUGCCAUCUUGCAAGCCCGGGCUGAACUUGUAGAUGAAGAGCAGCCCAUCCUUCCAACCCUGCAUGAUAUCAUCCUUCAGGGACUCCAUAAGGUAAAGAUCAUCUACAAAGGCGGAUGUGUACAAAAUCUAUCAUCAUUGUUCAUCUGGUAUUGCCAUGGGCUGGAAGAGCUGAUUACUGUCAGUGAAGAGCAAGAUGCAGCGGCAAGCGGUGGAGAACAAGCUUCGGGAGUGUUUCGAGUUAUCACACCCUUCCCCAACCUCCGAGAGCUGUAUCUCCAUGGCUUGGCAAAGUUCAGGACGCUGAGCAGCAAUACAUGUACACUGCACUUCCCAUCGCUGGAGAGCCUGAAGAUUGUUGAGUGCCCAAAUCUGAAGAAGCUGAAACUUUCUGCUGGAGGGCUCAAUGUGAUACAAUGCUCAAGGGAAUGGUGGAAUGGGCUGGAGUGGGAUGAUGCUGAAGUCAGAGCUUCAUAUGAGGACCUGUUCCGCCCAUUGCGUUGAAUUCAGUUCUGGUUACUAGAGGUUCUGUUCUUUUAGAGAUUGGUCGACCCCUAUGCAUAUAAAAGAUUGGCAGAAUUCAGAAUUUGCUAGUCUGCAGUAGUUGUAAUGUUGCUUAUUUGAUCAUUUGUGUAGUUCAGGAUUUCAGGGCCGUGUUGUCCAUCUUGCAUGAAAGUGCAAGUUUGGCGAUCUAGUUUUUUGCACUGCCUAUGUUCUACACGCAUGUAUCCUGUAUGCCAGCAUGACUCUAGCGAAUGUAACUACUCAGUUCUCCAAAAGUGUAUGACUCAUAGUCGAUAAAUGCCAUCAUUUCUCUGUU